AUGGAGUUGGCCCUUACUGCCAUGCUGCUCUCCCUCCUCCCUGUGGCCCUCCAGGAGAGCACCCCUGCUGUCCCAGCCAACCUCUCCCUGCCCAAUGCCUGUGCCAUAAGCCUGGAUUCAGUGUGUGGACGCCCACGCGUGUCAGGCCGCAUCAUGUCGGGGCAGGAUGCCAAGCCGGGCCAGUGGCCGUGGCAGGUUAGCCUGAGGGAGGAUGGACAGCACGUGUGUGGGGGUUCCCUGAUCGCUGAGGACUGGGUGCUGACAGCAGCCCACUGCUUCGACCAGAAGCAGCCCCUGUCUGCCUAUGUCGUGCUGCUGGGCUCCCUCUCCUCCUACCCCCAGGCCGGGGAGCCCCAGGAGCUCCAAGCCGUGGCCCAGUUCAUCACCCACCCAGAGUACUCGGCGGAGAGCAACAGAGGGGACAUCGCCCUGGUGCAGCUGGCCUCCCCUGUCACCUUCAGUGACCUCAUCCUUCCAGUCUGCCUCCCCAAACCUGGAGACCCCCUGGGUCAAAGCACCUGGUGCUGGGUCACCGGCUGGGGGAACGUCGACUUGAAUCAACCACUGCCCCCACCCUUCACCCUGAAGGAGUUGCAGCUGCCCCUCAUUGACGCCCAGACCUGUGACGCCUACUACCACGAGAGCUCGGACAUCCCCAUCGAGCUGCCCAUCAUCCUCGAGGAUAUGCUCUGUGCUGGCUUUGAGAGUGGCCAGAAAGACGCCUGUGGGGGUGACUCCGGGGGCCCCCUGGUCUGCAAACCUGAUGGAGUCUGGACCCAGGCAGGCAUCGUGAGCUGGGGGUCUGACUGCGGCCUCCCCAAAAGGCCGGGAGUCUACAUCAACGUCAGCAUGUACACCACGUGGAUUGCCAGCACCAUCCAGAGCUCAGACCUAGACAUGGACAACUCCUCUCCACGCCUUGCUGGGCUCUUCGUCCCCACCGUGCUCUGCUGGCGCAGCUGCUGGUGCGAGCGGAGCUCGGGAGGCAGGAGUUUCAGGAUCAGGACCAGCUGUUUGCAGGUAAGGCGCCCAGGACGCGCGCUUUCCCGCGCGGGGCCCCUGAGCCGCAGCGCAGAGGGCGCCUCAUCUUCUCCUCUCCUCCGCCCAGGUUUCGAGAACUCAUCGUUGCUCACGUGGCCCUGUGGCCAACGAACCGUUUCGACGCGCGUGGUGGGCGGAAAGGACUCGGAGCUGGGGCGCUGGCCGUGGCAGGGCAGCCUGCGCUUAUGGGGCUCCCACCACUGCGGAGCGAGCCUGCUGAACCGCCGCUGGGUGCUCACGGCCGCGCACUGCUUCGAAAAGCACAGUGAUCCCUUCGAGUGGUCGGUCCAGUUCGGGGAGCUGUCUGCCUCGCCGUCUCUCUGGAAUCUACAGGCCUACUACAACCGGUACAGUGUGGAGGAGAUCAUUUUGAGCCCCAUGUACCUGGGGGCUUCAUCCUAUGACAUCGCCCUGCUGAAGCUGUCCUCCUCUGUCACCUACAAUAAGUACAUCCAGCCCAUCUGUGUUCUGACCUCCUCUUCCGAGUUCCAGAACCGGACCGACUGCUGGGUGACCGGCUGGGGGGACAUCCAAGAAGAUCAGGUGCUGCCGUCCCCCUACAUCCUCCAGGAAGUGCAGGUCGGCAUCAUAAACACUGCCAUCUGUAACUACCUCUACACACAGCCUGCUUUCCGCCUUGACAUCUGGGGAGACAUGAUUUGUGCCGGCCAUGGCCAAGGUGGCAAGGACGCCUGCUUUGGUGACUCAGGUGGACCCCUGGCCUGUGAAAAGAAAGGGCUGUGGAUUCAGGUUGGAAUCGUGAGCUGGGGAUCAGGCUGCGGGAGGCCCAACCGGCCUGGUGUCUACACCAACGUCAGUAGACACUUCAACUGGAUCCGGAUGCUGUUGGCCCGCAGCCCCGGCGUUCCCAGGCCAGCCCCCUGCCGGCCCCUGCUCCUCCUCCCUCUGCUCUGGCCUGCCUCCCUCCUGCAGCUGGCCUGAGCCCUGCAGAGCCCGGGAGAGUGGGGCCGUCUGCUAAGCCAGGCCCUGCUCCCUGGGUCCCUUUGCUAAUAAACACGUUUGC